AAAGAAACGCAAAUUGCAUUGCAUCUUAGCUGAGCUGAAUAUAUAAAAACACUAACCGAAGUGUUCAAUAUAUUCAGCCGCCAUGCAAGACAUUGUCGAAAUCCUAUGUGGUUGGGUGUUCUGCAUUGUGGUUUUUUACUUGUUGUAUAUUAAGGCUGUUCCAUCCAAACAGGGCCUACCAAGAUCCUACCCAUUCGCCGGUCAUAUCUUUGCCAUGCUCAAACACCGCGAGACCAUCCUCGACUGGACGGCCGACAUCCUCCGAAAGUCUCCGACGUCGACGUUCUCCCUCCGCUUUCCUUUCGGCCGCGAGAGAAUCCUCACCGCCAACCCGAAAAACAUUCAGCACAUCAUGAAGACCCGGUUCAAGGACUACCCCAAGUCCCGGAACUUCGAGGCCUCUUUCCAGGACUUGUUCGGCGGCAGCCUUUUUCUCGCCGACGGGGAGAACUGGAAGAAGCAGAGAAUGCUUUACGGCGCCGAGUUUCACUCCAAGACUUUCCUUAGUUUCAUCGAGACCAUCACCCACCAGGAGCUUUCCGACCGGAUGUUUCCGCUCCUCUCUGACGCCUCCGCCGGCGACAAGAUCUUGAACAUGCAAGAUAUACUCCGCCGGUUCACCUUCGACGUGGUCGCCAGGCUCGGCCUCGGCCACGACCUCGCCUACCUCUCCCCGUCGUACCCAGAGAUGGAAUUCGGCGACGCCUUCGACGAAGCCAUCGAAAUAUGUUGGAAGAGGUGCCUCUCGCCGUUUAUGACGGCGUGGAAAGUUAGGAAGCUUCUUGACAUUGGGUCCGAGUGGCGGCUCCGCCGGGCCGUGGGUGUGCUCCGGAGGCUCAUCCGCAAACUAAUAAGGGAAAGAAAGGAGUUCGGAGACGACUUCUUGUCGAGGUUAAUGAGCAAGAAGAUCUCAGACGAAACGUUCCUCAUCGACGCCGGAAUUGCCAUUGUUCUCGGCGGAGUCGACACGAUGGUGUCCGCUUUUACAUGGCUGUUUUGGAUAAUCGCUCGCCACCCCGCGGUGGAAGCAAAGAUUCUCCAAGAAAUAGAGGAUUUCGACGCCGGGAAAAUUAAAGAUAUGGCGUACAUCCACGCCACAGUCGCCGAAAGCAUGAGGCUCAACCCGCCGGUUCCGUUAGAGGGAAAGCAAGCGAGAGAAGACGACGUGUGGCCGGACGGGACGAGGGUGCAGAAAGGGAUGGGAAUCAUCUGCCACACCUACGCGGUCGGUCGGUCAGCUGAGGUGUGGGGACCAGACUGGCCAGAGUUCAAACCGGAGAGGUGGUUGAAGAAAGAAAGCAGCGGCGGCGGUGAGCCGGAGCGGUGGAGUUUCACUGCAAGGGACGCUUUCACGUACCCGGUGUUUCAAGCUGGGCCGAGGAUAUGUUUGGGUAAGGACAUCGCGUUCAUCCAGCUCAAGAUGGUGGCAGUUUCCGUCUUGCGGCGUUUCCGGUUGGUGGACGUGGCCACGGCCACGGCCGCGGACGGUGGCGGUGCACCACUUUGUGAGUCGUAUAUUAGUUGCCGGAUGACAGACGGGUUUCCGGUACGCAUUGUGGAGCGUAGCAACUUCCAUAAAUCUGGGGAGGCUGCUGCAUAAAAUUCAUGAAACCAUGUUAAAAAAUAUUCCAAAAUAAGUUUUAAUUUUUUUUUUUUGAAAUAAGUUUUAAAGAUAUUACUGCACCGUUUUAUUUUUAUUAUUGUUAUGGUAUGAUUUUUUUUAAACGCCUGGAUUUCGUUAAGCUCUAAUUCAAGCCGUUGUAAAGUACGCCACUUCGUUUUUAUAUGAUGCAUGGGUAAUACUACAUUCAUUCUUUUUUAA